UGGCAACGCCGCGGGCCCAAGUGACGUGGAAUGUGUCAACUCAACUUGAUUUGAUGCAAAUGCAAUGCUAGAGCGUGUAAACCUGGUCGCCUUUGUGAAACUGCGGGAUCGGAAGCGUAGCUAAAAUGUUGGACUUUGUGGUGAUCUUCACCAAGGGCGGCGUGGUGCUGUGGCACUCGAAUGCGUCCGGCAGCAGCUUCGCCUCCUGCAUAAACAGCCUGAUACGUGGCGUCAUCCUGGAGGAGCGCAACACAGAGGCCAAGUACUUCGAGGAGGACCACCUGGCGGUGCAGUUCAAGCUGGACAACGAACUGGACCUGGUCUACGCGGCCAUUUUCCAGAAGGUGAUCAAACUGAACUACCUCGAUGGCUUCUUAACUGAGAUGCAGUCGGCGUUCAAGGACAAGUACGGCGGCAUUCCGGCCGCGGAGCGUCUGGGCGGCGACUACGACUUCGAUAGGGAGUACCGGCGGGUGCUCAGCGCCGCCGAGGAGGCCUCCGCCAAGCAGGUGAAGGCCCCCAAAGCCAUGCGCUCAUACAAUGAGUCGCAAAAGUCGAAGAAAACAGUGGCCUCGAUGAUUCAGGACGACAAGAAGCCGGCGGAGAAGCGGGUCAACAUACAGGAGAGUCCGUCGCCGCCAUCCAAGUCGUCGGAGGCAGCGGGCGGCGCCUCCAUGGACGACAUCAUCCGGGAGAAUCGUCGCAAGCUGCGCGAGAAGCUCACGCCCACCAAGAAGACCUCGCCGGGCGACCAGAAGCCCAGCAAGGCCGCCGCCACCGAGAAGGCGGGCAAGAAGCCGCGCGUCUGGGAUCUGGGCGGCAGCUCCAAGGACGCCAUCAACCUGGAUCGAUCCAAGGACACGCCCGAGGAUGUGCAGUACCAGAACAUCAACAGCGAGCUGGUGGGCACCAUGCAGGGCGUCAUCCGGGAUUUGGAUGUGGAGAGCGAGGACGAGGCUGACGAGCAGGAUGAGGAGGAGUCCUCCGAGGAGGAGCAGCAGGAGCUGCAGUCGCGGAAAAGCAAACGUGGCGGCCUGCUCUCCUAUUUCAAGGGCAUUGUGGGCGCCAAGACCAUGACGCUGGCCGAUCUGCAGCCGGCGCUGGAGAAGAUGCGUGACCAUUUGAUAUCGAAAAACGUGGCCACGGAGAUUGCCGCCAAGCUGUGCGACUCGGUGGCCACCAGUUUGGAUGGCAAACAGAUGGGCACCUUCGACAGCAUCGCCAGCCAGGUGAAGGAGGCGCUCACCCAGUCGCUGGUGAGGAUUCUCUCGCCCAAGCGGCGCAUCGACAUCAUACGCGACGCCCUGGAGUCCAAGCGCAAUGGCCGCCCGUACACGAUCAUCUUCUGCGGCGUCAAUGGCGUCGGCAAGUCCACCAAUCUGGCCAAGAUCUGCUUUUGGCUGAUCGAGAACGACUUCAACGUCCUGAUCGCCGCCUGCGACACUUUUCGCGCCGGCGCCGUCGAGCAGCUGCGCACCCACACCCGCCAUUUGAAUGCCCUGCAUCCGGCGGCCAAGCACGACGGGCGCACCAUGGUGCAGCUGUACGAGAAGGGCUAUGGCAAGGAUGCCGCGGGCAUUGCGAUGGAGGCCAUCAAGUUUGCCCACGACACACGGGUGGAUGUGGUGCUCGUGGACACCGCCGGAAGGAUGCAGGACAACGAGCCGCUGAUGCGUUCGCUGUCCAAGCUCAUCAAGGUCAACAAUCCCGAUCUGGUGCUCUUCGUGGGCGAGGCGCUGGUGGGCAACGAGGCCGUCGACCAGCUGGUCAAGUUCAACCAGUCGCUGGCCGACUACUCAUCCAACGAGAACCCGCACAUCAUCGACGGCAUCGUGCUGACCAAGUUCGACACCAUCGACGACAAGGUGGGCGCCGCCAUCUCCAUGACCUACAUCACCGGGCAGCCCAUCGUUUUUGUGGGCACGGGACAGACGUACGCCGACCUCAAGGCCAUCAACGUGAACGCCGUGGUCAACUCGCUGAUGAAGUAGUUAUAUCCCUCCCCUUCUCUUUUUAAUGCUCUUUGUUCACAUCUCCAUUUGACCGAAUCAAAUACAGUGCUUUUGUCUA